AUUUUUGUCUAAUUCCUCAGAUGCUCUUCGUACCAGUAAGAGAGAAAUGGCUGUGGCUACACGAGGUAUCGAACGGGAGAUUACAUCUCUUCAACUAGAGGAGAAGAGACUAGUUGCAGAAAUCAAGAAAACGGCUAAGACUGGAAAUGAGGCAGCCACAAAGAUUUUAGCUCGCCAACUUGUUCGAUUGAGGCAACAAAUUACAAACUUACAGGGAAGCCGUGCUCAAAUUAGGGGUGUAACGACUCAUACACAGGCUCUGUAUGCUAGCACUUCGAUUUCAUCUGGCAUGAAAGGUGCUACCAAAGCUAUGGUUGCAAUGAACAAGCAAAUGGCACCAACAAAACAAGCCAAGGUGAUUAAAGAUUUCCAGAAGCAGUCAGCACAGCUAGACAUGACGAUAGAGAUGAUGUCAGAGGCAAUUGAUGAAACACUUGACAAAGAUGAGGCAGAAGAAGAAACAGAAGAUCUCACUAACCAAGUUCUUGAUGAGAUUGGUGUUGGCGUUGCAUCUCAGCUAUCUUCAGCACCAAAAGGACGGAUUGCUACAAAAACCGCAGCUCCUCCUGCCUCUACUGCAGCUACUAACAACUCUGAUACAAGUGAAGUGGAUGAGCUUGAGAAGAGGUUGGCUUCGCUACGACGAAUCUGAGAUGUCUGAAGA